AUGUCUUCCGUGAGAUACCUGUUUGGGAAUGUGGACGAAAGUGGAAAGUUGCAAGAUAAUGAUCUGCCUGAGGACUUUCGGAAAACUUUGGAGGAAAGCGAUGAUUAUUUGAGCCGCAUACUUGGUGAUUUGGGACUGGCAUCGGAAGAUGGGGCUGCAGACUCGAAAACCGGCGUUGUCAAACCGGAUGCUGACGCGGUAGACUUUUCGGGCAUCGAUGAACUAGCGGAUGAAGGAACAGGGGCAUACCAAUUUGGCGGAGCUACUCCUAUGGUUAUACCGCGGGCGGCGCCUGUUCUUCCCUUCGCACGGCGGAGCAUGGUUGGUGGUGACUUGGAUGAGGAUUAUGAUGUAGCAGAACCCGAUGAGGAGGAAGCAGUCAAUGCACACGUACAAGUGAAUACUUUGCGGGAACCCCAUGCGACUGUUCCGAUAUUCUCAAUUCCUACACCGCCACAGCCGCCUCCGGUGCAACAAGUCUAUGACAGAGCUCGACUUGCACAAAUAUUUCCUGGCUUCGGGGAGGGCGAGCUGAAGUUCUCUGAGAUCUUUUCUGCAAAGGGUUCCAGAGUGCAGCGACCGAGGAAAAGACUAAUCACCAAAGGUGGGCAACCCCCGUCUAGGGCCGAGGAGCACCUGUCCGAAGGACUUUCACAGACUUUCAUACACCGGAAACAGCCCUAUCCAGUGGCCCCCGAUGACCGAGAGCUCUUCCGCCAGCGACUGCCACCAAAGACAACCCGUGGACCUUUAUAUGUCAUUGAAAAAGUGGAGUUUAAACCCGUUCCAACGCCAGCGCAAGUUAACGCCGAAAAAGGGGAUGCAGAUUUACCAUCGAGUAUGUACCCUGUGGUGCUCGAGCACUGGGAAGAUCGGGUGGUAUGGGACGACGACGUUUCUGAACCAAAAGACCAUCCUGCAUCAAGAAUACGUGAGAGACUGGUAUUCCGUAACUAUGAUCUGGACGCAGGAGUGUGGGAAUCUGCUAUACGAUGGGAAGGCGUGGAGGCAUGCGAGUCAGAUCAGCGAACCGAGCGAACAUCUCCACAGAAAGACUGGGAAGAAUCUUUGAAGCUUCAAGCUGUAAAACGCCGUGGCAGCAUCUUGGAAUCAAAAACGAACCGUUUACGAAGGUUUAAUUUAUCGCAAGAUCGGCUCUAUGAUGGCCUUAGGUUGGUGGGCUCUGAUCGAGUGCGCCAAACUUACGGCGCUGGGACUCUACAGCAUGCUCUACCAGCGGUCAAACUUCAUCCUCUCUACUUCAAGCCGCACCUGACCAAGAAGGAACUACGAUCCUUCCACAGGCCAACAUUAAGAAUCCCGCUUAAGACACCUAUUCAUUUCUCUCGUGUGCGAAACAUUAAGAAGAAAAAGCUAAAAGGAAAGGAAGCCGGCGAACUGAUGCGAACACCCAAGGAUAUCUCGUUAAAGGAUGCCUGUCGAUAUGCACUAAUGGAAUACUCGGAAGAGUAUCCUCCUAUUGUGAUGAACACGGGAAUGGGCAGUCUCGUCUAUAAUUAUUACCGCAAAACAGCCGAGAAGGAUCCACAUGUUCCAGUGCUCGACCUUGGGACACCAUAUAUCUUGGACGAGGUUGAUGCGUCACCAUUUUUCGGGUUUGGGGACGUUGAACCGGGGCAGACGUUGCAAGCUAUCUCCAACAACAUGUUCCGAGCUCCAAUCUUUCGACAGGAAGCCUCCAAAACAGAUUUCCUCGUGAUUAGACACACGCUCAAGGGUCAAUCGAAAUAUUAUAUCCGCGAAAUUCCCCAUCUGUUUGCUGUCGGUCAGACUUUUCCGUUGCAGGAAGUCCCUCGUCCCCAGUCUCGGAGGAUUACACAAACUAUCAAGGGUAGACUCCAGGUGGUAACCUUUAGACACAUGCGAAGAGAUCCUCAAAAGCGUCUCAGAUACGAAAUGCUUGUUAAAUCCUUUCCCGGCUUUACUGAACCGCAACUGCGGCAAAGACUGAAAGAGUUUGCUCAGUUUGCAAAGAAGGGUGAAAAUACUGGUUGGUGGAAGUUGAAACCCGGUAUUGCACUCCCAAAUGAGGAAGAGAUACGGCGACUUGUCACUCCCGAAAUGGUUUGCCUCAUGGAGAGUAUGCUAACGGGACAGCAGCGUUUACGAGAUAUUGGUUACUCUGAUAUCGGCAUGGAUGAAGAGAACGAUGAUGAGGAGAUUAAUACGGAUAUCGAAGUGCAGCUGGCACCGUGGACCUUAACAAAGAACUUUGUGCAAGCAAGUCAGAAUAAAAGUAUGAUCAAGCUAUACGGUCCUGGUGACCCCUCGGGACGCGGGGAAGCAUUCAGUUUCAUUAGAGCCUCGAUGAAAGAACCUUUCUUGCGAUAUGGGGAAAGCGCCGAGGAGCGUUUAGGUGAGAUGAAAAUGACAAACAUUUUGCAUUUGCAGAAAUAA